AUGAAAAGGCCGCAGCUGACCGUUGUGCACUUGCACAGGGCAACCACUGCAGUAGAGUCCCCCGGUGGGAGAGAGAUCUUGGACGCUUCAUUGCGGGAAGAAACCUACUACCACGAGUAUAAGGAUUCGUUUGCACGUGAAGUCGAAGCCUAUGGAUGUUUUGGACACAUUCAGAGCUCUACUAUCCCCCAGCUUCGUGGUUCAGGUCGAAGCCAUGGUGAAAGUUGCGCCAUAUCUCCCAGGGUGCUUUUCAUGGAAUACAUCCCAGGCGAGAACCUCACAAUCACUCGAGACCCACAAUCAGUCCAGUUCAGCAUACCAGGAGCUCGUAAAGGCCACAACAUUGUCAUGUCUAACAAUCACCCUAGACGAGGUGGUCUUACUUUAUAG